AUGUCGCCCUACAUUGCCGUUAAGCUGGUGAAGCGAGAACUUGCAGCACAUCCCAUCAUCUCGUCAUAUUUCAGAUGGUUCGGCUGUGUGAGCAAAAGCUCAGGUUUCCUUACGAUGGCGAUGCGACGAUUCAAGAGUCACAGGCAUCCAGGCACCAAAACCCAUUGGCGUUUACCUUUGGUAUGCAUACACCCAAGUCAACCUGACCUUUAUCAAUCACAAUUGCAGGUCACCAAGAGUUCUCCACCCCACCUAACAUGCCUCUGA